GACACCAUGAGGAAAACACAAAAACAAUCUAAGCCAAUACGAAAAUUUAGCACAACAAUAACUCUCCCCGAUCAUACGACUACUAAAAAUACGUUGCCAAAAUCCUCCCUGAGGCCUUCAGUUUCCGGUUAAAGUAAUGGCCGUGGCUUGGCUUUUCAGGCCAUUUCUCCUUUUGUCAUCAUUCUUGGUCCUGUUGCCAUUGACAUUUUCGGUAUCAGAUUCUGAGGCCUUGUUAAAGCUCAAGAAGUCUUUUACCAAUGCUAGUGCUCUGGAUUCUUGGGUGCCAGGCUCGGCCCCUUGCAAUGAAGAAGGUACGUGGAACGGACUGCUUUGUCACAAUGGCAUUGUCACCGGUUUGCGUCUUGAAGGGAUGGGAUUAUCAGGAAAUAUUGAUGUUGAUGCUUUGGUCUGGAUUAAGGGUUUGCGUUCUUUCAGUGUUAUUAACAAUUCCUUUACGGGUACCAUUCCUGAAAUCAAUCGUUUGGGUGCUUUGAAGGCUUUAUUCUUGUCACGGAAUCUGUUUUCGGGUGAAAUCCCAACGGAGUACUUUGCCAAAAUGGAGUCAUUGAAGAAAGUUUGGUUAUCACAUAACAAAUUUACAGGGAACAUUCCAUAUUCAUUGGGUCAGUUGCCUCAUCUCAUUGACGUACAUCUCGAAAACAAUCAAUUUAGUGGACAUAUUCCGGCUUUUAAUCCCCCAAGUUUGAAGUCUGUCAAUUUGUCCAACAAUAAGCUUGUAGGGGAGAUUCCUUCUAGUUUGUCAAAAUUCAAUGCAAAUUCAUUUGCGGGAAAUCCAGGUCUUUGCGGAGAACAGGUCGGUGUUGACUGUAGCAAGGCAAUCGAUAGAUCCCCGGGACCAAUGUCAAGUCCAGAAAAUACUGCGCCAGUUGUCCAGGAUCAUGGACGUAAAAAUGAUUCCAAGAAGAUCAUUGCUGCAAUCAUAACGCUAGGGGUGAUGCUACUUUCAGUGAUUCUCUUCUUUGCAAUUAGAUGGAGGAAAAAGAAGAAAGGGGAUUCCGAUGUCCUUGGAAGGGGAAGCCCUGACGGAGCAGUUUCGGUGCAGGUUUCGGUGCCAGCUAGAAGAGAAAUGGAAGAAAGCAGGAAGAAUGCAAGCUCUAGCCGUAGAGGGUCUAAUCAUGCAAAGGGCAGUGCUGGUGUUGUAGCUGAACUAGUGAUGGUAAACGAUGAAGAGGGUGUUUUUGGGUUGCCAGAUUUGAUGAAGGCAGCCGCAGAAGUACUUGGUGUUGGAGGGUUGGGAUCUUCUUAUAAGGCCGUGAUGGCUAAUGGAGUCGCGGUGGUGGCGAAAAGGAUGAGGGAGAUGAAUGCGUUAGGAAAAGAUGCGUUUGAUACAGAUGUUAGAAAGCUUGGAAAGCUACGACACCCCAAUAUUUUGACACCUCUAGCUUACCACUACCGGAAAGAUGAAAAACUUUUUGUCUAUGAGUACCUUCCUAAAGGCAGUUUGCUUUACCUAUUGCAUGGUGAUCAUGGCACGUCCUGUCUUGAACUUGAUUGGCCUGCCAGACUAAAGAUUGUGCAAGGAAUUGCCCAGGGACUAGAUUAUCUUCACACUGAACUUGCUUCUCUUGAUGUGCCUCAUGGAAAUCUGAAAUCAAGUAAUGUUCUGCUCGGCCCUGAUAAUCAUCCAUUUCUCUCGGACUAUGGAUUUUGGCCAUUAGUAAACACUAACGGGGCACAAGCCCUGUUUGCAUAUAAGACCCCGGAAGCGUUACAACAUGGAAUGGUAUCCCCUAAAAGUGAUGUAUACUGCCUAGGAAUUAUCAUUCUUGAGAUCCUUACAGGGAAAUUCCCUUCUCAAUAUCUUAGCGAUGGAAAAGGUGGGACUGAUGUAGUCCAAUGGGUGACAUCUGCAUUUUCAGAAGGAAGACAAGCUGAAUUGCUUGAUCCAGAGAUUGCCUGCUGCCAAAAUUCACUUGCUAGCAUGGAGAAGCUCCUCCAUAUAGGCUUACUUUGCACUCAAAAUAGUCCUGACCAGCGAUUAGACAUGAAAGAAGCCAUUAGAAUGAUAGAGGAGAUAGAGGUAGAGGGAGGCAUAGAGUUUCACUCUCACGCUAGAACAAUUGAAGUCUUCCCAUCUCUUCGAGAUGGAAUUCCAGAUGCAGCAAAUAGUAACUCAUCUAGUUUCCUAGAAGGGAAAGGUGAGCACGCAACAACGGGACAUGGACCAUAAAGCUUUGAAGAUAGGUCAGGGCGUCGUGAUGGUGAGUUUGUCUUUGCCUUCUACUAGCCAGCUACAAAGCAAUUACGUGCUCAAGUAUGUAAAGAGAAGUAUUGAUGUUAUGAUGUGGAAACUGUCUGUAUUUAAUUCUCAACAGAGAAUGAGUUCCAGCUGCUUCUACAACGAUCUCUAGGCCCCUCUUGUAGAAGUUUUAGGUUUUAAGUUAAAUACGAACAAGGGUGAAGA